GGUUCGUCGUGAGUAAAAAGGAAAAAGAAACCAAGGACUCUCUGUACCAGCGAAGCGUGCGUGGGCCGUGGGCGCGUCCUGUUCUUCUUCCUACCUUUCCCUAACCUCUCCUCCCUCCUGCAAAUCCGAUCUCCCCGAGACCAUGCGCAACUCCGCCGCCGCCCAGCCCUCUUCUCCCGCCGCCACGUACGUCUCAGGCGCCGCCUACGUCGCGCCCGCCUCCUCCGCCGCCAUGUACGGCUCAGGCGCCUCCUACGUCGCGCCCGCCGCUUCCGCCCCCGGCGGCGGCGGGUACAUCUAUCCUGCGCCCGCCUCCUCCGGCGGCAGCGCCGGCUACUCCAAGAUCCCAACCUACCCGGCGGUCCCGUCGGCGUAUCCCAACCCCAGCCGUCUCCCGCCGCGAGUCUCCACCCACGCCCCGGUCGAGGACCCCACAGCGCUGCCCUCGCCGCUGGCCAAGGCGGGCGAGCUCGUGACGCGGCUCCGCGAGCAGGGGCAGGUGCUCAUCGCGGCGCGCCGGCCGUGGGGCGAGGUCUUCCGCGCGCCGGCCUUCUCCAAGCCGCCGUCGCUCGGGGAGGCGAUCGCCCGGAUGCGCCGCAACACCGCCUACUUCCGCGCCAACUACGCGCUGGCCGUGCUCGCCGUCGUGGCGGCCUCGCUGCUCUGGCACCCCGGCACGCUCUUCGUGCUUCUCUUCCUCUGCGCCGCCUGGUUCUUCCUCUACUUCGCGCGGCCCGCGCAGGGCGGGCAGCCGCUCAGGGUCCUGGGGAUGGAGUUCGACGACGGCUCCGUGCUCGCCGCGCUCUGCGGGGUCACCGUCAUCGCCAUGCUCUUCACCAGCGUCGGCUGGAACGUGGUGGGCUCCGUCAUGAUCGGGGGCGCGCUGGUCAGCGCCCACGCCGCGCUCAGGACCACCGACGACCUCUUCCUCACGGAGCAGGAGGCCGCUGGGGACGGCCUGUUGGCAGCUGGCAUGAGCGCCGCCGGGCCCAUCUUGCCCACCUAUGUCCGCAUUGGUUGAUUCGCUCAGCUGGGCGUGGUGUGUUCAUCAUGGUUUGCAUACAGCCUUCAUGCAGUUCAGCGAUCUUGAUGCUAUUGCUUGCAGAUAUUAGCAAUCUUCCUUGUAAUUACCAUCACGAUGUCUAAUAUUGGUUGUCGGCGUGUGAAAUGUCAAGCUUUUUUCUGUAUUUCUGGUGAAACUGGAUUCAAUUGCUGUUUCGAAUGGUGGUGUUCGAUCUUCGUUAACUACAUCUCAGAAUGACAGCUGCGAUUUUGCCUGCACAUUCUGGUUCCCGAUGCUUCAGGCUCAAUUCUCAAUGUGAUGAAGUUAGCUAAAUUUUAA